AAGCGCCCCUCGCCUGCAGCUGGAAGUCAGAGGGGAAAGUGACGUCGGGGGAGGAGGAAGUUUUAUUGGAAAAACGGGUGAAAAUCUUGAAAAUCUUUUUUUUUUUGGCUGCCAGUGGUCAAGAUGGCGAGGAGGAGGGAUUAUUCGUAUAUCAGCCCGUGUGUGAAAUGGACGCUUUUCUUCUUCAACUUCAUAUUUUGGCUGUUUGGGAUGUUGGUGCUGGCUAUAGGGCUGUAUGGAGUUGUGUUCACGGCUCAGGACUUGCAUGGCCUCAAGUCUGUGGAAACGGCCUACAUCAUCAUCACAGAUCUGUCAGGAGUAAUGGUGGUCCUCGGCAGUGUGAUCUUCAUUGUGUCCUUCGCAGGGUGUGUAGGGGCUCUGCGGGAGAACCUCUGUCUGCUGAAGCUGUACUUCUGGAGCUUGACGAUCUUCCUGAUUGCUGAAUUGAUGUUUGCUAUUGCCUGCAUCAUUUUCCCAUGGAAGUCUAGGGAGAUUAUUGAACACUUGCUGUCAAAACGCCUCAUCGAAGAGUACAGGGAGAGCCAAAAUACCCAGAACUUUGUUGAUUUCCUUCAGACUGAGUCCCUGGCAGUUAGGAGGAAGAGCUUUCAUCUUGCUGGUGUUGAAGAGAUGUGGGGAAAUAAUGCACCCUUGUCUAACACCUUGUUCUAUAUCAAACCAGUCGGUCACUCCAUAGGCGAUGUCCAGGUGGACAGAUGUCAAGGGUGGUGUUCAAACAUUGAGUUGGCGAUCAACAUGUUAUUGACACUACAGAAUUCUAUUAGUUUCUCACCUCUAUCAUUUUGUUCUCCAAGACCAAAUAUCCCACAGACACACUUUGACUUUAUGUGUGGGUAUGAUAUGCAAAAUAAAAAACCUCAUGAAGCCUCGGAAACCAUUUACACUGGAGGCUGUGUGACGUCCAUCAUUCAGUUCUUAGAAUCAAACCUCUAUUGGGCUGCUGGAGUCAUAUUUGGGAUCACCUUGUUCCAGAUGUAUGUGACACACCAGGCUCGCUCACUCAUGGACCAGAUUUCCCUGCAGCGCUCUAGAUGGUAUCGAAGACAAAGGGACGAGGAACUGGAAGGUCAUGCUUACCUAUUGCCAAAGCAAUCUUACUAUUACCAAUGAAGUCACAUGACAGAAGGAAGUUGCCUGCCUUUUAGGACUGGUUCAAAUUUGGUGUAUGGUUUGGAAAAUGUUUUUAUCCAGAUUUCAGCAUUCCAUUUUUCUGUGAAAUAGAAGAAGAUUUUUUUUUUUUUUUU